AUCAGCAGAGACUGCAGCACAUCCUCAGCUGCUGCUGGCCCACCUGACAGCACCGCCUCCCGGGUCCCAUCGCAACACACCGCGUCGUGGAGGGGAAUGGGGGGUCACCUGGCCCGCUAUCUGACUGCCUAGGUUCCUCUAGAAGCGGGGAAAGCGGUGCAGAGACAUGGUGUCGUGGAUGAUCUCGAGGAUAGUCGUCCUUGCCUUUGGGACGCUCUACCCAGCAUACUCCUCAUACAAGGCUGUCAAAACGAAGAACGUGAAGGAAUAUGUGAAAUGGAUGAUGUACUGGAUAGUGUUUGCGUUGUUCACUACAGCAGAGACAGCCACAGACCUGCUCCUAUCAUGGUUUCCAUUUUACUUUGAGCUUAAGAUUGCCUUUGUGAUCUGGCUCCUGUCCCCAUACACCAAGGGCUCCAGUGUCCUCUAUCGCAAGUUUGUCCACCCAACGCUCUCCAACAAAGAGAAGGAGAUAGAUGAGUACAUAGCGCAGGCCAAAGACAGGAGUUAUGAGACCAUGAUGAGGUUUGGAAAGAGGGGCCUCAACCUGGCUGCUAAUGCUGCUGUUACCGCAGCCACCAAGGGGCAGGGCGUGCUCUCGGACAAGCUGCGGAGUUUCAGCAUGCAGGAUCUGACUCUCAUCAACGCUGACGAUGACCUGGCUCCGUUCACUUCAGACGGAGCCCGCAUGAGACGGGACCCCAUGGACGAGUUGAGCUCAGGGUCUAGCACGCUGCCCCGGGCCAAGAGUAGCACUGCACGGCAGACCCGCUCUUUGGCGGCCACGUCCCUUGUUGACGACGCGUCAUCCCAACACAGCUCAGACCAAUCAGACACAAGGACUGAACACUCUGAUGAAGAUGCAGGAGACAAAGCCCCCAAACGCACUACCAGCGUCAAGGCAACCAAGAAACCUGCUGCUGCUAAGACAGAGACACAAACCAAGACGGUGAAGAAGCCAACCAAGAAAAAGGUCACGACGACUAAUGCAGAGACGCCACCAUGAGGCCGGCUGUCCACAUCCAUCGGCCUACACUCUCUCCACACACAGCCUGCAGGCCUUUCUUCUUCUGUUUGGUUUCCACACAAACAUACACACUGUAUAUAUCAAGCACUGAAACUGUGUCACUCUUGCUGUUUUUUUAGAGGAAAUGGCAGGUUUUGUUUUUUAGCAGCGCGUGGGCAGCCUUAUGUUGGGUUGGUUCUUUUACAGUGACUGGGUUGAUCCAUAUUUUGCCUCUUUUACUUGCUGUGGGUUCAUCCCAGAUUUAACAGUCAGGGAUGUUUCUUAGAUAUUUUUUUGUCUGAUACAUCUAUAAAUGCUCAUUCUUCCUUUUAAUCCCGAGACAUAUAUGUAGGUCCCUAGUAGGUGAGAACGAAAGCUGGUCAUGUUGCAGGUUUCCAGUCUCAUUGAUUCACAUGACAGUCUCAAUUUAGGCUGUUUUCACUCCUAAUUCUCUAGAUUCAGGUCCCUUAUGUGUCCUCCGGCCCACUCCUGCAUGGUUCCAAUUAAAACAUUUAAAUUUCAUCAUCUCCGUGCGUGCAGGCUACAAGUCUGGGUCCUCAUCUGGACCUGACCCUGAUGGUAGAAAUCCUCAGAUGCUGUCUCCAGAUCACGGACAACAUCACCAAAACAGUUGUCUUUAAGUUUAUUGUGCCUGAAAGUUUUUUUCCUUCUUUUUAAUGAGUAAGAAGGUGGUUGUAAGUUUCAACCAUUGGCCAAUUGUUGUAGACAUCCUCAUGACUCUUUCAGACAUAAUAGUUCCCACUUUGACGACAGCUCCGCUCAAAAUAUCACCACCAUGGCUUAUGCAAACACUUGUUUAACAGGAUGACUUGUGAUCAAACCUGUUUUGGUUCUUUAUUUUAUCUUAAUUUUAAACCCUUUAACUGCAUCUUAGGCCUCAUGCUCUUGGAAGAGUUUAGCUUCCCCCUCAUUAGGUCUGUAUUCCUCUGAUUGAGUCGGACUCUGCUAAGUUCAGGUCUCAUUUACAGCAAUUUUCUUCCUGACUGCUUUAAUGUGACUUUCCUGUCAUUUACAGUACUGGUGAUGGGAAUGGUUUGUUUAGUGUUGGCUGAGUUAACCUUCAUCUAGACUUCACUCUCUUAUUUAUUACACUUCUGUUUUAUCAAGGUCUUUUGGUCAUGUGAUGAGUAGUAAGUAUGAUCGGUUCUGCAUAUCAGGGCCUCUUAAGGUAACACUGUAACUGCCCUAAUAAAUACAGUAGUCAUAGAAGAGUUGCCUUGGUUUUUGAGGUAACACAUCUGCUUUCCCCACAGUAGUGAAGUCUGUAUAUUGUUUGUGUUGAACAGUAGAAGGUCACGGAGAAGCUCUUCACUCUCUCACCCCUUUUAACCUGCUGUGUGGUAACACUCUGUCUCUUUGUCAUAUUUUAAAAAAUCUCAGAAGCAGGGAUAUAGUAAAGCAAAAUGGAACUAAUUAAACCAAAACUAGCAUCAGGAGACUGAGGAAUUAUUUUUCUUAUCCCUGUGCUGUUGUUCCAGAUGUGGAGGAAGUGUCAGACCAGGCUCCGGGUGUUCCUAAAGAAACUGGACUUUUGUUUUGGGAAUGGUUCUUUUGGUUGCCAUCCACUGCAUUUGGGCGUAGUUUCUGCUCCGUCCUUUAAUGAGCAAUUUAAAAAGCAUUAGACGACUUCUGCACACGUUACUGCUGUCUGUAGUGUGACACCUGUUUGAACCAGUAGAGGGAGACAAACACCACCUCAACCCUUGGCAGAGUUACUAAACAAAAUGUACACACAGUGUAAAUAACCUUGACUGUAUAAUAAGUAUGAGCUUGCUUGCCUUAUCCAUUCUCUGGGUUUGAAUCCAUUGACUUUAUUAAUCAUUUGUGUGCUUUAAAAAAAUCUUUGUUGUGGCAAUUUUUAUGUUCUUUAACUGGAAGAAGCUCAGACAAAAAGUGAUUUAUGUAUUUUUUAAAUGUUUUCUUUUUUUCUUUUUCUGUCUUUCCACAUUCAUUUUAACUCACCUCCAUCACAAAGUAAGGAACGUCUAAACUGAUGUUUGUAUAUUCAGAUCCUGCCAUGUGCUCUACUCAGACUGGCUAUCAAGUAUUUUUUUGGGGGCCAAAAAUUGAAAA